GUGACUCUUCUAUCCACAGUACACUAUUUCGAAUUAUUUGUACAACUACAGAAGCCUUGGAGAAACUAUAUGUCAUCCGCACCUUUGAACUGAUGGAGAUUGAAGGAUUACAACUUGCUAUAGUUUCUGUUUUGAACGUUCUGUAUAUCAUGCUCUCGAAGUUCUCAAAGGAAAUGCCUUCCAGCGUUCCCAUCUUUCACCAAGCUUUGCUGUCAUCCACAACCUCACCAGUUCCUGUUGUUGCAGCUGUUACAUCCUUGAUUUCAUAUUUUCGCAAUCCUGCUAUUCAGGUUGGCGCUGCCAGAGUACUUUCCAUGUUGUUGACUAUAUCAGAUCUUUCCCAACUGAAUUUUUCUGCCAAUGCAUGCUUUGGUUUAGAUGACAAGCAGAUUGCAGAUUUAAGGCAUUCUGUUGAUUGCAUGCUACAGUCAGUAGAAAAUGAAGAUCAAUUUGUUGCUUCAGUAAAUCUGCUUACUGCUGCAGCACGAUAUCAGCCUGCUUUACUUAUUGCUUUAUUUUGUACAAAAGAGAAUACUGAUGUCCAACCAAGUAAUGGCAAUGGCGUGAAGCAUCCAGCAAAUGAAGCGUCCUCAGGGCUGCUAGGGUCCAAAAAGUCAAGUCUGGUUGAUGCACUUCUGCAAUAUGUUGAACGAUCUGAUGAUCUUAUCAAUAGUAAUCCUUGCAUAUUGCUGAAUGUUCUUAACUUCCUGAAGGCGUUAUGGCAAGGGGCUGGUCAGUACACAAACAUAUUGGAGUGGUUGAAAGGUUGUGGAAAGUACUGGAAACAACUGGCCAACUCAUUUUCUCCAAUUGCUAAAUUGCAAUCUCUGAAACUUGAAAAAAUGACAGAAAAGGAGGCUUUGAGUUUGGCGUAUAAAUAUCGAUGUCAAUCUACUGUCUUGGAAAUAAUGGCACAUGAUUUGUUCCUGAAGAAAAAGCUGUUACAUGUUGAGUCACUUUUAAAACAUGCCACUGAAACAAACGGGGGAUUAGAAAGUGCUGCAAGUGCUGAACUGUCUAAACCUGUGAAUGAUAGUGAUCUUAAGGAUAUCUUGUCAAGUUGGUGUAAGAGCUCUGUUUUGGGUAGCUUGAUCAAGUCAUAUACUUCUUGUGCAUAUGACAAUGAGAUACUUUUUCAUGCAAAGGUUGCUAUGAGUUUACUCACUGUGCUUAUGAUAGAAAAAUUGGCAACUGGUGAUACUGGAAGUUUGUCUGUUUCGUUACUUGAGAAGGUCCGCAUUAUGUCUAAAAAGCUGACAAGUCAUAAUGCUUUUACUCAAUUGCUGGUGCAAUACUCCCAGCACCGCUACAGUGAAGGAAAAGAAUUAAAGACUUUGAUACUCAGUGAUCUUUACUGUCAUCUGCAAGGAGAGCUUGAAGGUCGUAAAACAAGUCCAGGACCGUUUAGAGAACUUUCCCAAUAUCUAAUUGAAUCUAAGUUCUGGCAAUCUUAUGAACAUAAGUAUGAUGGUGACCUACUUGCAACUGCCAAAGACCUGUAUAUGUUUGAUCUUGACUGCAUAAGAGUAGAUUUGGGUUUGGACAUAUGGGAUUAUUCAGAGUGGAAAUCCUCUAAAGUAAUUGCUGGCACAAUGUUGCAUUGCAUGCAAGACGCAAACUUGAUGCUGUUGCUUGCAACUUCAAAGCAUUCUGCACUGAGAGCAUUAGUAACUGUUUUGACUGUGUACGAAGAUAACUCACUGGAGAAGGGGACUGAAAUUGGUGGGAGGAUCCCUGAUCAACUAAUUUCAUGCAUUGAGCCCAUAUGCCAAAGUUUCCGCUCCACCUUAGAACUGUUAGCUCCAACUUUGGAUGCCCCUGGAGAUAUCCUUGAUUUCCUUGCAGCACAAGCAGAAUUACUUCUUCAUCUCGUGAGAUCUGUAGGGAAAAGCCUUCCUUCAUCUGUUUGUGUUCUUGUUUUGAAAGCCUGCAGUUCUGGCCUUAAAGUGCUGUGUGACUUGAGGAAAUCAGUUACUGGGGUAAAAAUAACGAUGAAGCAUUUGCUCAUGGUUCUUCUUUCGUCGCUGGAAGUUACUUACCAUAAUUCAUGUUUAGAUGCAGUGAAAGAUACGGAAUCUGUUGAAGAUGUUGCUGAGGUUUCCAAUGUGACCUUGGGUUUAUUACCUAUUCUCUGUCAUUGCAUCACUAGUGCUGAGCACUGUACCCUCUCCCUGACCAAUGUGGACUUAAUAAUUAGAAGUUUUCUAGCCCCUAGCACUUGGUUCCCCAUCAUACAGCAACAUCUACAGUUGCAGCUUGUUAUUCAGAUGCUUCAGGUCAAGUCAUCGUUUGCCUGCAUUCCUGUAACAUUGAAAUUCUUUCUAACAUUGGCACAGAUUAGAGGAGGUGCUGAGAUGCUUCUUAAUGCUGGAUUUUUCUCAUCUCUAAGAGUUUUGUUUGCUGAUCUAUUGGAUAGGCCUGCCUCAGUGGUUAAGCAUGAUAAGAGUUAUCUAGAUGUAACAGACAAAGCUGAAAAACUGCAAUGGAUUUGGGGACUUGGCUUGGCUGUGGUUGCAGCUGUGGUUCAUUCUUUAGGAGAGAGUCUUUCCGUAGACAUAUUGGACAGUGUGAUACCUUACUUCUUUCAAGAGAGAGCUUAUCUGAUUUCUUACUAUCUGAAUGCACCAGAGUUUCCAUCAUUUCAUGACAAGAAAAGACCUCGUGCACAAAGGACACAAACUUCUCUGACUUCUCUUAAAGAAACAGAGAAUACUCUCAUGCUGAUGUGUGUGCUUGCAAAACAGUGGAGUUCAUGGGUUAAGGCCAUGAAAGAAAUGGAUUCACAACUGAGGGAGACAAGUAUCCAUCUUUUAGCCUUUAUUAGCCGAGGAACUCAUCGCCUUGGAGGAUCUUCUGGCAGAACUGUUCCUCUCAUAUGCCCUCCUGUUCUCAAAGAGGAGUUAGAUUGGUGCAAGAAACCAUCAGUUGUCAACAGCAAAAAUGGAUGGUUUGCUCUUACACCUCUUGGUUCUGUGUCAAAGACAAAGUCCACUGUCGUGUCAACCACAACUGCUCUUGUAAUCAGGGAUCAAGCUACCGAAAGCAGUGAUCCUGCUUCUCAAACGUACUUCUCAGAUGCUGUUGCUAUUCAGAUGUAUAGAAUUACAUUUCUUGUUUUGAAAUUUCUUUGUUUACAAGCUGAUGGGGCUGCUAAAAGGGCAGAGGAGGUGGGUUUUGUUGAUCUUGCUCACUUUCCCGAGCUUCCGAUGCCUGAGAUUUUACAUGGCUUGCAGGAUCAAGCAGUUGCAAUUGUUACUGAAUUGUGUGAGGCAAACAAAUUGAAGCAGAUUCAUCCCGAAAUUCAUCAUGUCUGUCUUUUACUGCUUCAAAUAAUGGAAAUGGCCUUGAACUUGGAACUUUGCGUUCUACAGAUUUGUGGGAUAAGGCCUGUCUUAGGACGUGUGGAGGACAUCUCGAAGUCAGUCAAAUUGUUGAUACAAGCAACGGAAGGACAUGCUUUUCUGAAAACAUCAAUGAAGUCGUUGAAACAGAUAAUAUCAAUUGUCUAUCCUGGAUUGCUGUGAACUCGUGAGAACAUGGGUACGUUCCACAUUCUAUAAAGAGAUUGGGAAAAUUUUGUAGAUAUUAUGAUGACUUUAGAAAAUGUAAAAAACGAUAAAAAAAAUAUGUUGUUGAAGUUACACAUGUUAAUAUAAUUGAGGCAUUUUCUUGUCA